UUCCUUUUAAAACGUAUUUGGACUAAUGGAUGAAAACGAACAAAACAAAACAGAAUAUGUCAAACUCAUUAGCAGUGAUGGAUUCGAAUUUAUUAUUCAUCGUGAAGCUGCCAUGCGUUCGGGUACCAUUAAGAAUAUGCUUAGUGGGCCAGUACAAUUUCGAGAAUCUGUAGAAAAUGAAAUACCCUUUCGUGAUAUCAAAGCUGUUAUACUGGAAAUAGUUUGUCGAUACCUUUAUUACAAAUGGCAAUAUGAAGGUUCUACUACAGAAAUACCAGAAUUCAAAAUUGAUCCUGAAGUUGUACUUGAAACUUUGAUGACAGCUGAUUUCCUUGAAUGUUAAUAGAUAUCUACACACACAUACAGAUCAUUAUACAUUUUAUUUCUUAUUCUUAUUGCCUUCUUUGUUUAUAUAUUCAGAAAUAAAUUCGAACUCUUUGGAGAUUAUAGUAAAAGUACAAUCUUUAUUUUAUAAAAACAUCCGAUAUUGACAAUAUUUAUG